CGUAUUGCACACCACAAGACCACUGCAUACGAGUCAGCAGUGUUUGGCUCCUUUGCCACCUCUGCCUGAGAAAGGAGGCGAAGUGCGUUAUGGUUUGAUCCCUGAGGAGUUUUUCAAGUUUCUCUAUCCUAAAACAGGAGUUACAGGGCCUUACAUGCUGGGAACUGGACUCUUGCUUUACUUGCUCUCUAAGGAAAUCUAUGUCAUUAACCACGAGACAGUUGCAGCCAUCUGCAUAUUAUCAGUCAUCAUUUACGGCGUGAAAAAAUAUGGGUCUGAUGUAGCAGCUUUUGCUGACAAACUUAAUGAGGAGAAAGUUGCUAAAGCUUUAGCCGUGAAAAACGAGACUAUUCACGAUCUCGAGACUGCCAUUGAAGAGGAGAAGAAGGAGCAGUGGCGGGUCGAGGGCUGUAAUUACCUCUUUGACGCGAAGCGGAACAACAUUGCGAUGUUGCUGGAAGCGAAUUACCGAGAAAGGUUACUGAUGGUGUACAACGAAGUAAAGAAAAGGCUGGACUAUCAGGUGGCGAUGCAGAACCUGAAGCGUCAGAAGGAGCAAGAUCACAUGAUUCAGUGGGUAGAGAAGAGUGUUGUUCAGAGCAUCACCCCUCAGCAGCAGAAGGAGAGCAUUGCAAAGUGCAUUUUGGACCUGAAGGCGCUGUCGAAGAGCGCGCAGGCAGCGGUGUAG